AUGUCGCCAGACUUGCUGACCAGACAGGACAAUGCCUGUCAAUUGACCGACUUCGAUGCCAACGCUGACUUUUACGGCUUUGGCAUUCGACUGGGAGUCUACCUUCAGUGGUUCUCAAGCUGGAUCGCGAACACACUGGACCCUGACAAUGCGAGCGAGAACCAUGAGGAGAACUCGAUCUUCGUCUUGGCAAUAGCUAUCGCACUCGUCCUGGCCUUCAAAAGCGACGAGCUGAAAGUCUCUGAGGCAUAUAUCCUGAUGUUGAUCUGUACAGGCUAUUUUGCGAUUGUGCUCUCCACAUGGGGCAUACGACUGCACCUUCUCCGACCUGGACCAGUCCAUGUUUCUCCUAUGUUCUGGCAUGGCAACAGGAUCGACAAUCGUGUUCGCAAUACUAGGUUUUCUAAGCUUCCCGGGGGUAAUACACUUAAUGCCAUGGCCAACCAUUACCUCGCUCCGCGACAGAUGCCGCUGUCUCAGGGUGGCAGCGUCAAGCCCACGGGUCUUUCCUGGGCGGGUGCUGUAUGGCGCUCACUCAUCGCUCUCUUUGUGUUGUCCCUCAAUCUCUUCCUUUGGUUCACUUACGAUCCCGAUAUCGAAGACUCCGACCCCAACUGUCGACCUACCAUCUACUUCUUCGGGAGUCAGCAUAUUACUUCCGGGCUCCGCUACUUCUUCAUCGCGGUCCUCAUCAUUUUCGGAACUAUCAUCUUGCAGCUUCUGCUUCAAAUGCUCUCGGUCGUCUACUUUCUAGUCGUCAAAUGCGUCCUGGGUCCGAUUUUCGAUGUUCUACGCCUGGGCGCUCUCAAGAAUUGGCUUCUAGAUCUGAUCCAUCGCCGCCUCCAACUAGCGAACCAUCAUGGCAUUGUGCCCACCCAAUCGAUUACCUACCUGCACGUUCGCAGCGCUCUGUUCGCCCUAUCGGCUCAGAAGCCAGCUCCCGGUCACGCUCCACACGUUCAUCCGCAUGGGCACCACGAUCAAGGAUAUCGGCAUUCUAUGGUCCUGGUCUUGGGAUGGCAUGUUUUCCUGCUCACGCUCAUGGCUUUGUUCAUCACGUUCAUCGAGAUGACAAUACAGAUCAACAACAUACAGGGUGCAUUCGUCAUUAAAUCGACUUCACAGCUCAUCCCCUUUGUGAUCGGUCUUGUGUCGAUGGUUAACACGGUUCGGCAGCUGAUGCUGGAAUGGUACGAAGAAGAUCAUCCCAACGAGGACAACACCCACUUCGUGUUGUCUGGCAGUAUGUCUGAUCUGUCUCUGCUGGGAAUGAGUGUUGAUGAUGCCCUCCGCGGACAGCUACGGGCGGGGGUUAUGGAGAUCGGCGGUAUCAACGCCGCAGGCUUGGCGCUGCAGGUACCACGCGACGCCGGAGCAGAGUUCACCGAAGCUGCGGUCCUCCGACAACAAUUUCUCAACAGUAUUCUGAGCACCGAGUGA